CUCCCUCCCUACCUCGCGAGGGUGAUCCUGGAGUACUUCCGGGGCAGGUCGCUGGAGUGGGUAGACCGGGACGGGCGCACCAGGACCCGCGAGGUGGAGCGCGGCGUGCCGCAGGGGUCGGUCCUCGGACCGCACCUGUGGAGGCUCGCGUACGAGCGGGUCACGCGCGUCCUUCUGCCGCCCGGCUGUCACGUGAGGUGUUACGCCGACGACACCUGCGUGAUGGCCGAGGGUCCGAGCUGGGUGGAAGCGUCCGGCCUGGCGGAGUUGGCGGUGGCGGUGGUGGUCCGCGCCAUCAGGGAGGCUGGGCUGGAGGUGGCGCCGCAGAAGACCCAGGUGAUGUUCUUUUUCGACCAUCGCCGGGGUCUGCCGCCUCCGGCCGAGAUCAGAGUCGGCGGGGUCAGCGUCCCGGUGGGGACCAAGAUGAAGUAUCUUGGCCUCACCCUGGAUGGCACCUGGUCCUUCGGGGAACACUUUGGCGGGCUGGCGCCGAGGCUGGAGGGGGCGACCAACGCGCUGAGUCGCCUCCUCCCGAACCUCGGGGGCCCGGAGACGAGGGUGCGCCGCUUGCUGUUGGGAGCGGUGCGGUCGAUCGCCCUGUACGGGGCGCCGGUGUGGGCGGAGGACCUCGCGGCCUCCCGGCGGGCCCUCCAGGUGGUGAGGGCGGCCGAGAGGCGGCUGGCCGGGAGGGUCGUGAGGGUCGUGAGGGCGUACCGCACCGUCUCUCACCGAGCGGCGCUGGCCCUGGCGGGCACCCCCCCCCGUGGAGCUGGGAGGAGGGCGGUGCUGCUGAAGUGGCAGCGGCGACUCGCCGACCCGGACGAGUCGGGUCGGUGGGUCGCCGGGGCCGUCCAGCCCAUCCUCUGCGAGUGGGUGGACAGGGGUUGGGGGACGUUGACCUACAGGACGACACAGGUUCUCUCCGGACACGGAUGCUUCGGGGAGUUCCUGUGUCGUAUCGGGAAGGAGCGCGGACCACACUGCCACCAUUGCGGGGCGGAGAGGGACACGGCGGACCACACCCUGGCCGAGUGCGCGGCGUGGGGAGUGGAACGCCGUGUCCUUAAGGACGUAGUGGGGGAGGACCUCUCGCUGCCGACCGUCAUGAGGAAGAUGGUCGGGAGCGAGAGGAACUGGAGGGCGGUCUCCUCCUUCUGCGAGCAGGUGAUGCUGCGGAAGGAGGAGGCCGAACGCGAGCGCCGACCGGGGGUCGGUCGGAGGGGUCCCGGCCACGGAUGA